CCCACCAACGGUUCCGUUUCUCCGCAUCACAUCGCUUUUCUUGCGCUCGUUGGUCGUCACGAGAGACUCGAGACGCUUCGUGCCCUCGCUCGUCGGCUGCUCCGAGCCAUUCAACCCUACUUCUUUUGCUCCGAGCCUCUUAUCGAGCAUUGUGGGGGAUUGGGAAUCGGUGAAUGGCGAUUAGUGAUGCUGAGAGCUGCGAAAGCCGGGCUUUCGUGGAGAAUACCUUGCAGUAUCAGCGCCAUCACAGCAAGCUCGAGGUUUACAAUGAGGUUCUGCGCCGGUUGAAGGAAUCUGGCUCUCCUGAGGUUCUCGCUCCUUCAUUCAAGGAGGACCUAUGGUCGCAUUUCAAUCGCUUACCCGUCCGUUACGCAUUGGACGUGAAUGUAGAGAGGGCAGAAGAUGUCUUAACGCACAAGAGAUUGUUGCAGCAGGCGCAAGACCCGGUCAUUCAGCUUGCUUUUGAUAUUCGACCUGUUCAGAUGCCUCGAGGUGAAUCCUAUGGUAUUAAUUCACAAUCGGAAGAAGAUACAUACAUUCAUCCUCCUCCAACUUUUGGUUCGUCAACAAAUCUUGAGAGCCUUGUGCUUGAAGUCAAUGAGGAACAUGUUCAAGAUGGGGGCAGCGCUUCAAAUGUCAUUUCUAACUUUUCCAGACCCAUGCAUGAAGUUACAUUUUCAACGGAGGACAAGCCAAAGCUUCUAAGUCAGUUGACAACUCUGCUUUCUGAGGCUGGGCUUAAUAUCCAAGAAGCCCAUGCUUUUUCAACAAAUGAUGGUUACUCAUUAGAUGUCUUUGUUGUUGAUGGCUGGCCAGAUGAGGAAACCAAUCAGCUGAGAGAUGCUUUGCAGAAGAAGAUUCAUAAAGUUGAGAAACAAGCUUGCUUGCCACCUAGGCAAUGGCCAUCCAAAUAUGAUAAUUUGCCUUCCAAAGAAGGUUUUUCGGAUCAUAUCAAAAUACCGACUGAUGGUACUGAUGUUUGGGAGAUUGAUACUAAACUUCUGAAAUUUCAAAAUAAGUUAGCAUCAGGGUCUCAGUGUAAUCUAUACCGAGGCACAUAUUGUAGUCAAGAUGUAGCUAUCAAAGUAUUUAAGCCAGAGCAUGUUAGUUUGGAUAUGCAGCGUGAAUUUGCGCAGGAAGUCUAUAUUAUGAGAAAGAUUCGCCACAAACAUGUUGUUCAGUUUAUUGGGGCUUGCACACAACCACCUAGUUUAUUCAUUGUUACGGAAUUCAUGUCUGGAGGAAGUCUGUAUGAUUUUCUUCAUAAGCAGAAAGGUGUCUUCAAACUUUCAACUCUGCUUAGAGUAGCAAUUGAUGUUUGCAAGGGAAUGAGCUAUUUGCACCAAAAUGAUAUCAUACAUAGGGAUCUGAAGACUGCCAAUAUUUUAAUGGAUGAAAAUGAGGUUGUCAAAGUUGCGGAUUUUGGUGUUGCGCGUGUUAAAGCUCAAUCUGGUGUUAUGACUGCAGAAACAGGAACAUAUCGGUGGAUGGCUCCAGAGGUCAUAGAACAUAAUCCCUAUGAUCACAAAGCCGAUGUGUUCAGUUUUGCUAUAAUGAUCUGGGAGCUUCUAACAGGGAAGCUUCCAUAUGAGUAUUUAACACCACUUCAAGCAGCUGUUGGUGUAGUGCAAAAGGGAUUGAGGCCUGCAAUCCCGAAGCAUACGAAUCUCAAGCUUGCCGAGCUGCUUGAGAAAUGCUGGCAGCAAGACCCUGCGUUGCGGCCAGACUUCUCUGAAAUUCUGGAUAAACUCCAGCUCAUAGCCAAGGAGGUUAAAGAUGAAUCUGAAGACCGGCGCAAGGAGAAGUCUGGUGGUGGGUUUUUUUCCGUCCUUAGGAGGAACCAUUGAUUCUGUAUGUAUAUGCUCUGAUCAUCUGGCUUCCAACUUAUCAUACUCUGUUCCCUUGGACUGUAUAUUUAGAUCGGUGUAAAAUUAUUUGUUAAAUAUAAAUAUUCGAAAAAUAGUAAGAAGUAUAACUCAUUACAGAAACUAUUUGGAACAUUUUUUUUAUUACUUUAUAAAAGAAAUCUGUCUCGAUUAGAUUAA